ACAAAAAUUACGUCAGCCGCGGAAGUAAACAUAAAAGAGGCUGAAAUUUAUCGCUGCGUCACAAACUCUGGGAUUUUUCUGGACAGUCCAAGUGACGGUUUAUCGCCCGUGUUUCGGUUCGGUUCCCGGUGUCAGAACUAGUCCGCGGCAGCAGCAUGUCUGUGACGGUGAAGGCUUAUCUUUUGGGGAAGGACGAGCAGGUGAAGGAGAUCCGCCGGUUCCCGGUGGACCAGGACGUGUCCUGCAGCUUCGAAUACCUGAGCAAGAAGACCGCGGCGGUCUUCUCCAACCUGAAGAACUCCUCCUUCAGCCUCUUUUACAAAGAUGAAGAUGGAGAUCUGGUGGCCUUCUCCUCUGAUGAUGAGCUGAUGAUGGGUCUGGGCUGCAUGAAGGACUCCACCUUCCGCCUCUUCAUCAAAGAGAAGAAGGAGCACCGCCGUGACUUCCCACUGCAUGCACUCCCCCCUUUCAUGUUUGGACCCCCACCACCUCAUGGCGGCCCUCAUGCUCCGCCUCAUGGCCCGCCCCCCGCCCUGCACCCUAACGUCACCUGUGAUGGCUGUGAAGGCCCGGUCGUGGGAAUGCGGUUUAAGUGCUCGGUGUGUCCCGACUACGACCUGUGCUCCACCUGCCAGGCUCAAGGGAAGCACACGGAGCACGCUUUGCUGCCCAUCUGGCACCCCCUGCAGUGGUUUCCUCGUGGAAAGUGGAUGAAGAGAAUGAGACACUGCAUGUGGAACCAGAACCCAAACGCAGCGCAGCAGCAGGAGCAGCAGCCCGGGCCGUCAGCACCUUCUUCUGGCAACAGUGGAGAGCCUUCAGCUUCCCAGGCUAGUGUGGACUUCCUGAAGAACAUCGGAGAGGGGGUGGCCGCCAUGUUGAGCCCACUGGGAAUCGACGUGGACAUUGAUGUUGAGCAUGAAGGUCAGAGGUCAAAGGUGACCCCACCCACUCAGGCUGGAGGGGGAGAUGACAAUGUGGAGAUGGAAGUGAGCGAAGGGGGGUCUGCAUCUGCUGAGAGGUCAAAGGCAAGCCGGGAUUCUGAUGAAGAGUGGACUCACCUGAGCUCCAAAGAGGUGGACCCGUCCACGGGGGAGCUGCAGUCCUUGGAGCCCAAGAACCACAAGUGUGAGCUGCCGUCAGGAGGACAGCAGGGGCCCCCCUCAGGAGGGCAGCAGGGGCCCCCCUCAGGAGGGCAGCAGGGGCCCCCGUCGGGAGGACAGCAGGGCCCCCCCUCAGGAGGACAGCAGGGGCCCCCGUCGGGAGGGCAGCAGGGGCCAACAGGUCUGCGGGAGGCAGCGCUGUACCCCCACCUGCCUCAAGAGGCUGAUCCCCGCUUGGUGGAGUCUCUGGCCCAGAUGCUGUCAAUGGGCUUCACCGAUGAGGCGGGCUGGCUCACUCGACUCCUACAGGCCAAAAACUUUGACAUCGGAGCGGCUCUGGACGCCAUCCAGUACGCCAAGCAGCCCCGCCCACCACAGUGAUGACACCAGCUGCUUCAUUUAACCAGUUUCUAUCUGUUCAACUGUUAACCGACUCUUUGAUCUGUUUCUGUCUUUUAUUAAUCUGUUUCCGAACAAUAAAAACAUUAAUGAAUCUGA